AUGGCGCCUAGACUAGCGUGUCCUCUGAGAUCUCCAAUGGCGAUUCCUCCAUCAUACGUAGACCUUGGCAAAUCUGCCAGAGAUAUCUUCAAUAAAGGAUAUGGUUUUGGCUUGGUGAAACUGGAUGUGAAAACAAAAUCUGCAAGCGGAGUGGAAUUCACAACAUCGGGUUCAUCGAACACAGACACUGGAAAAGUGAAUGGGAGCUUGGAGACCAAAUACAAGUGGGCUGAGUAUGGGCUGACUUUCACAGAAAAAUGGAACACAGAUAACACUCUGGGAACAGAAAUUGCAAUUGAAGAUCAGAUUGCCAAAGGCUUGAAGUUGACAUUUGAUACAACUUUCUCACCAAAUACAGGAAAGAAAAGUGGUAAAAUUAAGUCGGCGUAUAAACGUGAAUGCCUAAACCUAGGUUGUGAUGUUGACUUUGAUUUUGCUGGACCUGCAAUCCAUGGUUCAGCUGUCUUCGGUUAUGAAGGUUGGCUUGCUGGUUAUCAGAUGACUUUUGAUAGUGCCAAAUCAAAAUUGACCAGAAAUAACUUCUCUGUGGGUUACAAGACUGGAGACUUCCAACUGCACACUAAUGUGUAA